GUGGAAUGUUGAUUUAUUUAUUUAAUUGUUAAAAAAUGGAAGAUAUUUUCAAUUAGAAUGUAUUGCUUUUUAUGUUUCCCACUUCCUGGUUUUAGAUUAAGCUUCAGAUUGCAUGCAUCUGUUCUCUGUCAAACUGACGAUGAUUAUUGCUACAAAAUUGAAAUCUUUAUUAAAAAAAUCAAAAUCUAAGUUAAUUAACGAUCGCUAAGGUCAUACAUUUGAUGAGGAGAUCAUUUACUUUUGAAUUCUAUUUUCACUGGCUAAUUUUACAUCAGAAUCGUGAUCGUGGCUAGCAUUUUUUUUCAGGUUGCUUUCGAAACCCUGAAGACUGAAAACACAUAUUUUUGAAUCAUUAUCUUUUGUCACCAGAUUCUAAAUGUCAAGCUAUGGGAGCAUGUCGCCAUCAGACGAGGGAUUCGAUAGAUAUGAACCACCUUACUACUGCCAGCCUUCACACCAAGGCAGCCCAAUGGAUGGUGGUGUCUACUGGCCGGCUCCCAACAGCGAGGGUCACGAGUUUGACACCCAGGACGUGUAUCAUGAUACCACACACUACAUAGGGCGGGGAUAUGGUUACGAAGAAAUGCAGAUGUCUGGGAAUGAACCAUAUGACAGUUAUCAUCACACAAUGGCGCAUGGCUACGUUCAGAAUAACCCAGGUCUAGAAUGUGACCUCCAAUCUCUACCGCUGCGCUACGACCGUCCCGCCGCUCCUUCUUUCGUAAGAGUCGCGAAAAGAAGAACCACAGCUAAUAAGAAAGAAAGAAGAAGAACACAGAGUAUUAACACUGCUUUCUCAGACCUUAGAGAAUGUAUACCGAAUGUUCCUCCUGAUACGAAACUAUCAAAGAUGGUGCGAAAGAGAUCGCAGAGCAUCAAUAGCGCGUUUUCGAGUCUGAGGCAGCACAUACCCAAUGUACUGCCUGACACUAAAAUGACCAAGAUCAAAACGCUGCGUCUGGCGACCUCCUACAUAUCUUACCUGCUGAAGGUGCUGGAGAGUGACGGGGAGCCGGCGGGAGGGUUCAGGGCGGACCUGCACCAUACGCCGCCCAGGAGACGGGCGGUGGAAGCUAGUCAGCAAAACGCCGAGAAAAGAGGCAAGGGUCGCACAGGCUGGCCUCAACAUGUAUGGGCUUUGGAACUCAAAAGUGAACAGAAUUUACAGACGUAGACCCAGGUUCAAUCCAAGCUAAGAAAGUCGGCUUCCAGUCUCACCGACGCCGUCGGCUAAACACCAUAUGUUACAGAGAGACUGUCUAGCUAA